AGCAGGUGGACAUGAUCAGUAAACUUGUUCAGUCUUACGCUCCAUCAUGUUCUUCGCCAAGAGCUCUGCCAUUUUUGCAAUUAUCUUCGUCCAGCUGUUGGCUUUUAUUCAAGGAGGCGUUUACAACAACCAGGACAAAUGGGUUUUGAUGGACAAGAAUUCGGACCUGCCUGAGAACGCGGUGUUUGGAGGUAUUAAUCCUGACAAUUACUAUAGCUACGUGGGGCGAACGGCGUACAGCAGCAGCAUCCUGCCCGCCCGAGUGGUUCCCGAAUUGGGUAAAGCCACCUUCAACACUGAAACUUCAUCGUUUGAUGCUACAUCCUUCGAAGUCCUGGUGGCCAAUGAGACUAUCAGCUACCACUGGAAACGGAGCUUCGAUGGCUUUCGCGAGGAGAACGCCGUAUCAGUGGGAACCAAUUCUGCAAAUGAACGAGUCUUCAUCUGCCGAGCUCGUUCCAAUGAUGCCCACAUCAUUGGUACCCUAGUCAUGACCCAGCGCUCUUGCAUUAUAAAGUACAACACUUUGCCUGUCCGUUACCAUGAUAAAUACGAAAUCCUAGUCAGGGAGCGCAACCUGGGCAAGUGGCCCUAAAAUAAAAUCCAUAUUUAUUAAAAACACAAAAGAAUUUUUAAUUAGAGAGACAUCAUGAAAGUUAAAAAACUUUAUAUUUCCAAUAUGUAAGUUUCCAGGCAAUAAAGAGCUAUCUCUUGUUUUCAGAA